UCACACCCAACGGUUGCUUUAGACAAAUCACGGUCGCUGACUUAAGAUGCAGUUCUCCCAAGGUGAACAGUCACGACAUUUGCCUUCUUUGGUCGAAGGUAAUGUAGGUGAGUUAGCCCAACAAGGUGAAGGCAGCAAUAGUCAUCCGACGACUGGUAAUUCAUCUCUAAUGGCCAAUGGAAGAGACGACACCGAUGGAUUGGCCUUGAAAAUGGAUCCCAGCAUUCCUCCCAAUGCCUGGGAGUACAAUGAAAUUUUAGAUGUCUUUGGUUUUGGCAAGGUCCAAUGGCUGCUUUUGAUCAACAGCGGAUUGUUAACCAUCACUUCUAUGGCAGCCCAAUUAGCUGUGGGAAUUAUUGGAAUUUCAUCGCAAUGUGAAUUCAAUAUGAGCCAAGGCGAGAAGGGUGUCAUGAUGGCAGCUUGUGUGGCAGGGCUCGUAAUCUCAACCUACUUAUGCGGUUACCUCUGCGAUAUUUGGGGUCGCCGAGCAGUGCUUAUGUGGGCCAUGUUCAUUGCAAACUUUUUGCAGUUCGUCUCAAUGUUUGUGACAAAUAUAUGGGUAUUUAAUCUGUUAAAUUUUCUGAUUGGCAUAAGCUUGGGUGGCGUUUCUGCUUCCAUUUAUUGUUAUUUGGGUGAAUUCAUUUGCAACAAAUACCGAGCGGUCGCCAUAAAUUAUUCCACCAUGUUUGUUAGUGUAACGGCCAUCUAUGUGCCAGCAAUUUCAUGGUUGGUGCUGUCUGGUGAAUGGUCCUGGGAAAUAUCAUCAUCGUUUGUUUUUAGACCCUGGCGUUUGAUAAUAUUGUUGAGCCUUUUGCCUGGAUUCAUAGCGGCCCUGAUGUUAUUGGUCUUUCCUGAGAGUCCCAUAUUUCUGUUGGCCCAAGGAAAGCACAAAGAGGCAGUGGAGGCAUUGGAUUGGGUGGCUAAGGUCAACACCGGCUUACAUUUGGAGACCCUUUUAAAGACGCCCCAUAUCACACUAAAACCCGAAGAGUUAUCCGAUGCCGCUUUGCUAACUACCGGUUCGGGUUGUAGUAUUUUAUCGAACAUAUGGAAGGCCACUGUGCCCUUGUUCCAUAAGCCUCAUGGCAAAAAUGUUAUCUUGGCUGUUACAGUUAUGAUGGGCAUGUUGUUCUCUUCGAAUGGCAUGCAAAUCUGGUUUCCGGAAAUAGUCAAUCGUUCGGCAGGAGGUGCAGGAGAUGCCACCAUAUGCACUGUAUUGGAUGCCUCUUAUGCCAGGGAUCGUAUAAUGGCAACCAACAACACAAUGACGAAGGAUGUGAUUUGUGAUGACACCAUAUCGACCAAAACUUAUGUGGACAAUAUUGUGGUGGGUUUGGCUUUUCUCGUGGGAUUUUCAAUACAGGGAGCUUUGCUUAAUCCCCUGGGAAGAAAAAAUGUUUUACUCGCCUCCCUGGCGGUGGGGGCAGUUUGUGGCCUCUUACUGCAUGUGGUUACCGAUACGACAGGAAUAUUGAUAUUAUUUUGUUUAUACAUACUCUUGCCAGGAUUGUCAAUGUCCAUUAUGUGUGGAGCCUUGGUGGAUUUAGUGCCAACACAAUUGAAGGGUAAAACCAUGAGCAUGGGUUUGACCUUGGGCCGUGUGGGUUUGAUAGCCUCUUCCAAUUUAAUAGCAGCCAUGUUGGAGCCCUAUUGCAAUGGCAUAUUUGCCAUUAUAACGCUGGUGAUAAUAGGUUGUGCCGGUUUGGUGUACUUUUUGCCUAUUUAAGGGUUGCCAUUAUGCCAACAGAAUAUUGUUAUUAGUUAUUCAUAUUUUUUUUUGAGUUUUGAAUUUUUUUUUCGGGUUCCCCCUAAACUCCAUGUCCUUGUCUCAUAUAUCCUCAGCCAUUAACUUCAUCUUUAAUCUGAAUGUACUCCAAAAUGUUUAUCAUAAAUUAAAUAAAUUUAGCUUUUGUUUUUUUUUU